UGCAUCUUACAAAAGUAUUAAGGUUUCUAUAACCUGCUAUAAACAUGAGUCAUCAAACACCUCUAAGACUUCCUCUCUUGACCCUAUCAAAUCAGUAUUUGAAAUCUAACAUUUCCAACUGGUUCUCAGCUUGUGAUGAAGUCCGCCGUGCACUGGAAGAGUACGGUUGUUUUCUGGCGGUUUACGACUCCGUUUCGCCGAUUAGUGAUAUAUUUCAUGCACUGGAAGAAUUGUUUGAUCUUCCCACAGAAACCAAACUUUGUAACACUUCUGAAAAACCCUUCUAUGGUUACUAUGGAAAAAUCCCUGAUUUCCCUCUUCAAGAAAUCCUAGGGAUUAAUAUUGGAGAUGCAAUAACUGCUGAAGGAGUUCAAAAUUUUACAAACCUCAUGUGGCCUUCCGGAAAUGACCACUUUAGUGAAAUUAUUCAUGACUAUGCAAACAUAGUAGCUGGAUUGGAGAAGAUGGUGAAAAGGAUGGUUUUAGAGAGCUAUGGAGUAGAAAAAUGCUAUGAUUCUUUAGACGAAUCAACAACUUAUCUCCUUCGAUUAAUAAAGUAUAGGACACCAAAAUUGGAUGAAUCAAAUGUUGGGUCACAGGUUCACACUCAUAAAACUUUCCUGAGCAUACUUCACCAGAACCAAGUUAAUGGUUUGGAAAUUAAGACUAAAGAUGAUGAAUGGAUGGCUGUUGAUAUGACUCCUGCUAAUUCCUUUCGGCUUUCUUGUUAUGGUAGGAGAGGCAUUUUCGGCAUUGAGCAACAACAGAUUGCAUUGUCCUGUACAUAGGGUGAUUGUAAAGGAGAACAAACCAAGGUACACAUUAGCACAUUUCUCAUAUAUUUAUGGGAUGAUACAAACCC